AAUCUUCACAUGCCGCACCUUUAGAGGGCGAUGGAAGGAAUUCAUUGUAGUGAGAUACUUGCUGUGGAAGAAGCUGUCUGACAGCGACAACGGCGAGCACUGAGGUCUUUUAAAACACAUCAUCAUGACAACAGUCCAAGUGCCUGGUACUCCACGUGAGACGUCGUGGAUCUCCGCGUGUCCCGGGGGUCUGUGGGAGGUUCGCCGGCGCUGGCUUGGAGAAAGACAACGAGGGGACUUCACGCCGAUGCUGGGCUCACUGUGUAAGGUCAAGGUGCGGCGAAGUACUGUUACGGAGGGAGAAACGCAACGUACUGCUUCUCAAGAGCAGGAGUCAACAGCCAGCGUUGAUUCUAGCGAGCAAGCUACCUCUCACCCCCGCUCGCAGGACUCUGUGCUGCAGCUCCCGCUGGAGGAGUGGUGCUUGCUGCGCAUGGGCGAAGGGCAGUGUGACAUUAUAGAGGGCUGCCUGGAAGGGAUGAGGGCUGGAGAGAUGUGUGAGUUUACAAUAAGUGCCUGGAAUGCAAGCAACUGCAAAUCAGCAGGCAGUGAUGCUAAUGGUACCCAGACUGAAAAUACAACAGGACAGGGAUCGUCUCAGCAGUCUGACUGCUUUACACUUCAGCUUCACUCUUUAACCCCUGGGCAGGAGUCUUGGCAGAUGACAGCUGGAGAGAAAUGGGCUUGGGUGCUGUCUCACAAGCAAAGGGGUGGUCAGCGGUUUGGGAAGGGAGAUAUCUGGGGCGCGGCAGACUGCUACUGUAGAGCGGUGAAGCUGGCAAUAACUUUAAAUGGCAAAACAAGGAGAAAGCCAGUGGAUGAAGUGUCUAAAGAAGGUAUGGAGGAAGAGGAUGAUGAUGCAGCUUUGACGCCAUGCUUUGAUCAAGAAAAUGAGCAGGCAGGUGCUGAUAUCUCAAUUCCAACUGAGGAGGAGUACAAAACUGUAAAAGCAGAACUUCACUGCAAUCUUUCUUUAUGCCAGUUUAAGUUAGGCCAGCUUGGUAAAUCCAGAGACAGCAGCAUCAAGGCCACUGAGCUGAACCCAAAGAGCACUAAGGCCUGGUACCGGCUUGGGCAAGCUUGCCUGCAGCUGGGCGAACUGGAGGAAUCUCGCAUGGCCUUUGGAAAGAUUCUGGAACUCCAGCCUGAUUCUGCAUCAGCUCGCACUGCUCUGAAACAAGUGAACUCCAAAUUAAAGGACUUAGACAGUAAACUCGGUCAAAGGCUGAGCAAGAUGUUUAUCUAGAAAAUAACUGAAAGUUGGGAAUUACAAAAGCAGAACGUGCAUAUGUAUGAACAUUAUAAAAACUGUUAAGUGCCCAGAAGUUGUUUUGGGUCUUUCCUUGUAGCUUAAAGGAUUAGUUCACUUCCAGAACUAAAAUUUCCUGAUAAUUGACCCCCCCACUCCCCAUGUCAUCCAAGAUGUUCAUGUCUUUCAUUCUUCAGUCGAAAAGAAAUUAAGGAUUUAGAAGAAAACAUUCCAGGAUUUUUCUCCAUAUAAUGGACUUCAAUGUUUGCCAAUGGGUUGAAGGUCCAAAUUGCAGUUUCAUUGCAGCUUCAAAGGGCUCUAUAUGAUACCAGAUGAUAAAUAUGGGUCUUAUCUAGCAAAACGAUCUGUUAAUUUAUUAAAAACAAAAACAAGUGCUAGCUCAACCUCACACAUUAUGUAUUCAUGUUGGAAAGGUGACGCACGUUAGCUCUUCGCCUGUGUACUCCAGUUCAAAAGGUUGGGUAGGGGCGAAAAACUUCAUUCAAAAUCAUUGGUUCACUUUUUUCUUAGCACAUUCACUAUGCAAACACUGGGUCGGUACUUCCAACUACUUCAUGCGUGACCUUUCCAACGUGACAACAUAAUGCGUGACGUUGAGCUAGUGCAGGAAAAGCAUUUGUGGUUAAAACAUUUAUUUUAUUUUUAAGAAAAUGACAGACUGUUUUGCUACAAAAGACCCCUGUUCCUUAGCUGGUAUCGUGUAGGACCCUUUGAAGCUGCACUGAAACUGCAACUUGGACUUUCAGCUCGUUGGUUCCCAUUGAAAACCAUUAUAUGGAGAAAAAUCCUGGAAUGUUUUCCUCAAAAACCUUUUUUUUCGACUGAAGAAAGAAAUGCAUAAAUAUCUUUGAUGACACGGGAGUGAGUAAAUUAUCAGGAAAUGUUUAUUCUGGAAUUGAACUAAUCCUUUAACUUUAAAACUUGAAGUAUGUUUACUGUAUGGGUAGUAUACAGUAUAUACAUCUUAAAUGUUCAAUGUUGUAAUUUGUCAAUGUUUAAAUCGACAAAAACUUGAAAGUUGUGCAAAGUCAUAUGACUGCUUACUGAAUGUACUUAAAUGUAUUUUUGUUAAAGUUUGUAUAUUUUUGUAAAAUAAAAAUGUACUGCUUUGAUGUUUUGUUCUAAA